GAUUUUCACCGGCAUAGUAUAAAAGCUCGUACCUGGCAUCCGGAAUGAUAACAGUAACCGCUUGCAGCAGCAACCAAGAGCAUCGUGCUUUUCAGCCCACUCCCGUCGAGCCAACACGCAACAAGCCUUGAACAUGUACAAACAAUCGAUUGUCGUGCUGUCGUGCGUUGUCGCACUGGCCUUUGCCGCCCCGCCGGCGCCAUUGCAGAAGCGUUCACCGGCCGGUGGCCCCGAUGCGGAAGCUACCGUAGUGGCGCAGGACCAGAUCAUCAACGAAGGUGGCUCGUACGCGUACAACUACGAAACAAGCAACGGCAUCAAGGCGCGCCAGACGAGCGACAACGGUGUCACGGCAACUGGCGAGUACUCGUUCGUCGGACCGGACGGUGCUUCCUACUCGGUCGUGUACGUUGCCGAUGAGAACGGAUUCCAACCGCAGGGCGCUCAUCUGCCGACCGAACCGCCAGCACCCGAGCACGUCAUCAAGCUACUGGAGGAUCUGCGCGCCAACCCACCAUCCGAUCCGGAAUUCGAUCUGGCCUCGCUGGAAGCUACACUGGCCCGACUCCGCGCUACCCAGGGUUAA